UUCGGCAAAAGUUUUCACGUUCUAUCACGAAUCCGUUAGGCUAACAAUGCGGAACAAAAGGCUCCUCUUAAUGACCUUAACCUUCUUGAAGGCAAACAACGCGUUUGCAUGCCUAGAAAAAUAACCACGUGACUGCUCUCUCCAACAUUGAGACAAGGACAUUUCCAAACAAGAAAAUCAAAACCACUGACCACAAUUCCCGUAACUGGUUUUCCCAUGACAAGGGUCGCAAAGACAAAGAAAGUUCCGUCCAGAAAAGGAACAACUCAGAGGAACUUCAAUUUCUUUCUUUGAAGGUAUCAAUUAGGUCUUUGUCUCAACCUUUGUCUUUGUGGAUUUCGGAGGUAGUCGUGAAUCGGUGCUGUACAUGAAUUGACGAGAUUCCGAGGUUCCUCUAACAACGCUUGCGGCAAUGUUCAAAGCCGCCGUGGAAGGAUUACGGUACCGGACACGUCCCAUUUCCCUCCAGCUUGGCUCGAGUUGGAACGGGGAUCAUCAUUUGAAGCAUCAUUCCCCUUCCAAUAAGGUCAGGGAGAAACAAAUCUCCGCCAGAUCAGAUCUUGAUUCUGACUCGUCAGAUCAAGCCAGUGGUUCUCUGAUGAGGAGCACGUCCACUAGUGAUAACGGGGACCACCAUCCUCGGUCGUCCUCUCACAAUGCACAACCACCCGAGAACAUUGAUCCCGAGGAUGAGGAUGGGGUGGAUCGGGCCUAUAUCGGGCGGCACAUCUCGCCCUCAGCCCCAUCACCUCCAGACGAGAAAGAACGGCAUGCGUCGAACGGAAUUCAUCCGGACAUUCCUCAAUGUUGUCGGGAUCGUGAGCGAACCCGUCUGGCCCUCCAAUCUGAGCGAGAUGCUCUCAGAGGAGCCUUGCGGACAGCCGAAAGUGGAUUGUCGGCCAAGGACAAAGAGAUGAGCGUGAAAUUAGAUGCGUUGCACGGGAAACAUCAGAAUUCUUUGGCCGAAAUGAAAAGCAUUCUUUUGGCCCAACGGCAAGUGGGAGCCCAAUGGAAGGAGGAGAUGACAAUCCUCACCAAACGCUUCGAAGUCAAGGUCAAAGAGUUGCAAAGCGAGAACAAAGAGCUCAAGAUGGAACUGGAACGCUUGCGAGAGGUGUUUAAAGUGAAAGAGGUCGAGGCUGAUGAGGCCCGAGAGCUAAAUGGCAUUUACUCGGCCAAGCUUACCAAGAUGGAACGGAAAUUCAAGAAGCUCAAAGACGAGGAUGAGGAGUCGUAUAUGGAAAUGACCUUCUAGUUAGGGAACGAACCGAUCUUUGGGCGUUGCCACUCCUCAAGUCUACCAAAUUCAGCACGAAACCCAUCUGAUGUUACUUUGCCAGACGAUAAAGCCGAGAUAUGCUUUCAAACUGCAUGCAGAGAUGACGUUAUUCGCAUUUUCAACAUCACAGCCCUCGACCUUCAUUUUGCAAAAUAGAGCCUCUUUUUGCUUUUCCACUACACCAAAUAUUGCAUCGAUCUCUAGUUUUAUAAUCUCCUGAUGGGCAAAAAAGAACAGCCACCGAAACAACUGCCACUCAAAACCUAGGAAAGUGUUCAGUCAUAUCAAAUCAGCCAUUGAGGGCCUUGCAAAUAUACAACACUUUUGUGUUUUUAAAUAUGA